CUCUUGUCAAAGUGGUGCAGGUUCGACACCGAGGGCGCAGCUCAACUGUUGCACGGCGGAGCUUCGACAUCACCGAACUCCCCGAGGUCUCCACCUCGGAGUCACAGAAAGCGGGAGAUGUUGUUCAGUCCGACGGGUUUGAGGGAAUGUUUCCGCGAAUGGGAGGAUUUGGAGAAGGACUACCAACAGAUCCAGGACACCCAUCGUCUAUACAAACUGAAGCUCGAGGAAGUGACCAAGCUGCAGGUCAGCUGCUCCGGUGCCAUCGCGCGUCAGAGGAAGAAGCUCAAAGAGCUCACAGAGUCUUUGGAGCAAUGCAGAAAAAAUAAUCCAGCGUCCCAGUUAAGUCCGGAGGAUGUGGCUUCCAUCGCCGGGAUCGAAGACUCCGUCAGAGACAAAGCAGGCGCUUUCUCCGAGAUGGAAGCUUUUCUGCCAAAGAAGAACGGGUUGUACCUCUCGCUUGUUCUAGGAAACGUCAACGUAACGCUCCUCAACAAACAGUCAAAAUUUGCCUACAAAGAUGAGUACGAGAAGUUCAAACUGGUCCUCACCGUCAUCCUCUUCCUGUUCUCCUUCACGUGCCGCUUUCUGUUCAGCUACAGAGCCCUCGAUGCCAUGUUCAACUUCCUGCUGGUGUGGUACUACUGCACGCUCACUAUCCGGGAGAGCAUCCUCAUCAGCAACGGCUCCAGGAUCAAGGGUUGGUGGGUUUUCCAUCACUACGUCUCAACCUUCCUGUCUGGAGUCAUGCUCACCUGGCCCGAAGGCGCUCUCUACCAGAUGUUCAGGAACCAGUUCCUGACGUACUGUAUGUACCAAAGCUUUGUCCAGUUUCUUCAGUGCUACUAUCAGAGCGGCUGUUUGUAUCGACUCCGAGCGCUGGGAGAGAGACACAACAUGGACCUCACAGUGGGCAGGUCAUGUUUUUAUCUCCUCUCUCCUCACCUGCCCUUCAGAGGGGUUCCAGUCUUGGAUGUGGAGAGGCUUAACCUUCCUCCUUCCCUUCUUGUUCUUCGGUCACUUCUGGCAGCUCUACAACGGCGUAACACUGUUCAAGAUGUUCCAGCUCCCGGAGUGUAAAGAGUGGCAGGUGGCGAUGUGCGGCUGCUCGUACAUGACGCUCUUCAUGGGAAACUUCUUCACCACGCUGGGAGUGGUCUACCAGAAAUACAUGAACAACCAGGACAAAUGCAAGACCUGCUGAUGCUG